GUUCUCAGCCUUCUAUUGCGUAAAAUUCAGGUCACAAAACGCUUGACGCAAGUUUGAUUUAUUAAAAAAAAUCAUUUGUGUUCUAUAAUGUGUGCGAGUGUUUAAGUGUUCAUUGUGUAUAGUGUGUUUUGAUGUUGUGCGAUCCCUCUGGAAUGGCAUCGCAUUGAAAAUGCCGAGAAAUCUCUUUUAUAAGUCAGUACGGAAAAAGGAGACCAUUUUAUAGGGUCUCAGGAUGUCGACCGGAAGUUGUUCCGGUCUUGGGGUCUGCGGUGGGGCACGGAGACGACCUCCCCCACCGCCGGAGCCGGCCCUCUCCCUUACUGCAGACCUGAGCGAGUUGAGCCUCGAUCAAGGCUACCAUACGCUAGCAGACUGUGGACCGCCAAGACGACGUCGCGACAAUAAUCUAAACGAUGCGCUAUGGUUGAAAAUAUUGUCGUGUCUUGAGGUUUCGGACUUAUGCAGGGUGGCGCGGGUUUGCCGGCGGUGGGCGCGUCUGGUUGCGAGGUUGACCACGCGACCCGAGGUCUGGAAGAGAGUGAGGGCUGCAGGUCCUCUGGAGAUAGCCGCGCGGUGCGCUGGUGCCAGAGCCGGACCCUGCGUUAAUGCCGUCAAAGAGUGGCGAGCGAAGAGCUGUGCGGUGACGGUGGCUAGCGCACAACUCCUGGCUGCGACGUUCAGGAAUCUAACGCACGUAGCGGUGACCGGUUCCAGCAGCAUGGACGCCAGGACCCUGGCGCCACUCGUCACUGACUUAGUGGACCUUAGACAUAUUGAUUUAACGGGUUGCCCGCACGUGGAUUGGCCGGAGUGGUCCUGUCUUGAGACCCGACUGGGCGAUCGGAGGCCUCCAGUCGAGUACAUUGACCUCACUGACUGCGGGUCGGUGACCGACGCUGGCCUUUGUGCUUUGCUCCACACCUGUCCGUCUCUCCAGUACUUGUACUUGCGGAGAUGUAGUCUAGUCACAGAUGCCGGAGUGAGAUGGAUCCCUUCGUAUUGUGCUCUCAAAGAGCUUAGUGUCUCCGACUGUACCGGAGUCACGGACUUCGGGCUUUACGAGCUAGCGAAGCUGGGUCAAGCCCUACGUUACCUUUCUGUCGCCAAGUGUACGCAGGUGUCGGAUUCAGGGAUCCGUACUCUGGCCCGUCGGUGCUAUAAGCUUCGGUAUCUGAACGCGCGUGGCUGUGGAGCUUUGGGCGAUGAUGGAGUGGAAGCUGUAGCCAGGGGUUGCUCCCGACUGCGAGCUUUAGACCUUGGUGCUACUGACGUUUCCGAAGCCGGAUUGCAAAUUUUAGCACGAUGCUGUCCAAACCUGAAGAAGUUAGCCCUCAGGGGCUGCGAGCUGGUCGGUGAUGAUGGCUUAGAAGCAGUCGCGUACUACUGCCGCGGGCUCACACAGCUCAACAUUCAGGAUACACCGGUUACCAUCAGAGGAUACAGAGCCGUCAAGAAAUAUUGCAAACGAUGUGUCAUUGAACACACCAAUCCUGGUUUUUGCUGACGAACGUUAAGCUACUACUUUCUUACUAAUACUAACACUAGUAUUACUGCUACUACUACUACUACUACUACUACUACUACUACUACUACUACUACUACUACUACUACUACUACUACUACUACUACUACUACUACUACUACUACUACUACUACUACUACUACUACUACUACUACUACUACUACUACUACUACUACUACUACUACUACUACUACUACUACUACUACUACUACUACUACUACUACUACUACUACUACUACUACUACUACUACUACUACUACUACUACUACUACUACUACUACUACUACUACUACUACUACUACUACUACUACUACUACUACUACUACUACUACUACUACUACUACUACUACUACUACUACUACUACUACUACUACUACUACUACUACUACUACUACUACUACUACUACUACUACUACUACUACUACUACUACUACUACUACUACUACUACUACUACUACUACUACUACUACUACUACUACUACUACUACUACUACUACUACUACUACUACUACUACUACUACUACUACUACUACUACUACUACUACUACUACUACUACUACUACUACUACUACUACUACUACUACUACUACUACUACUACUACUACUACUACUACUACUACUACUACUACUACUACUACUACUACUACUACUACUACUACUACUACUACUACUACUACUACUACUACUACUACUACUACUACUACUACUACUACUACUACUACUACUACUACUACUACUACUACUACUACUACUACUACUACUACUACUACUACUACUACUACUACUACUACUACUACUACUACUACUACUACUACUACUACUACUACUACUACUACUACUACUACUACUACUACUACUACUACUACUACUACUACUACUACUACUACUACUACUACUACUACUACUACUACUACUACUACUACUACUACUACUACUACUACUACUACUACUACUACUACUACUACUACUACUACUACUACUACUACUACUACUACUACUACUACUACUACUACUACUACUACUACUACUACUACUACUACUACUACUACUACUACUACUACUACUACUACUACUACUACUACUACUACUACUACUACUACUACUACUACUACUACUACUACUACUACUACUACUACUAUAGUUCAGUGACCUUAAAUAGACUUUAGCCUUUGAAAAGAGAUUUCAAAGAUAGAUAGAAUAGAGAGAUAGAAGCACGGCUUUAUGAAAAUUGUGAGUGAUCUAAAUAUUAAAAUUAGUACUUUUAGGGAAUUAUCUCUCCACGAUCAGUGUAGUAAAUGCUAGUCUGUAUAUCAUACACUCGUUCAAAAACUAAGCAAAUAAACAAACUUGAUAUUUUUUGUAAUUUUUUUAAAAUCAAACAACUCUAAAAAAUAUUUUACCGCGUUCUUAUUCAUUUGAUUUAAAAAUUUCUUAGUGUAAAUAAUUAUAAAACAUGUUUUAUGUAAAUUCUAAGAUAUUACUGUAAAGAUGCUUUAAAUGAAAAAAAUAAAAUUUUAUUAUAAUUAAGUUUUUGUACAUAAUGUAGAGAUUGUUUUUUUUGUAUGUACAUACUAUGCGUGUAGAUAGUUGCUGUAUACAAGUAGUGGAUGUAUGUGGCCUGAUAACGACAGGUGAUAAGCAUUAGUGGCUUCUGUCGCCGACAUUAUGAGCUGGGGUUCCGUAUUUAAUUAGUACACUGAUUUAAACCAAAUAAUGUGUAAAUUUAGAUUUGACAUCUCUAGAUCUGUGUCAAAAUUCAUGUUUGUUUUUUAUAUUUUUCCUUUUUUUUUUCGCUAAUUUGUGUGGACUUGUUCACGACCUACCUAGUGUUAAGAGACCCAAUAGCAUCAACAAUGUAAAUGUCGUCACUCACCUUGAUAUACGAGCUCGCUUCAAAGUCUCAGUUUUAUAGUACAAAGGCUCUAUAGGAGUUAUUUUGGUAGCGGUCAAUAAUGGUUCAGCGCGUUAUCAGAAGGGAGAUAAUAACACAACUGGUUAAUCGGAGAGUUUAUUCGCGACCGAACUUAAAAAGUAAUAAGUAACGAAGCUUGCGGGCGCAGCCGCAUGUUAUGACUGCAAUCAAUUUUAUUUACUGUUUCCCUACAGCUCUUUACCUUACAAACAGAAACCCAUUACUUCUUCACGGCAAAUACAGGCAGGGUGGUGGUAUCCGAACGCACUCAUAAGACGUACUACCAUUUCACACAAAGGGACCGAUAUGCAAUCACUCGUAAAUGCAAUAAAUAAAAAAAUCAAUUAACUUCAGCGAGGCAUACUCUUUCCAACAAACCCUGUUUGUGACUAUAGUAUCUAAAUCUUUGAUCUUCCUCUAGAGGAGGUAUUAUAUGAAAUCAAGUGUUCGCUCGAAGAAAUACAAUCACAUUUCAAAUAGCAUUAGAAAAUAUUCUUAUCGAUCGUAAAUGAAUAGUUGGCAAGAACUUAAAAAAUAUUACUUUGAAAAUGACGAUUUUAAUUUAUUAGCUGACUUAAAAAAAAAAAAAAAAGGGUUAUAUGUUCGAAUUUAUGUUUUCUUUUUACGUACGUUUACCGAUUUUCUCAAUUAUUUCUGGAGCGAUUUAGAAUUUUUUUUUUUUUGAUUUUAAAUAGUUGUUUAACUCUUGAAGUCGCUUUUCAUUAGGUUGUAAUUUUUUUGUUUUUUUUUUUUUAUUGCCUAGAUGUGUGGACGAGCUCACAGCCCACCUGGUGUUAAGUGGUUACUGGAACCCAUAGACAUCUACAACGUAAAUGCGCCACCCACCUUGAGAUAUAAGUUCUAAGGUCUCAAGUAUAGUUACAACGGCUGCCCCACCCUUCAAACCGAAACGCAUUACUGCUUCACGGCAGAAAUAGGCGGGGCGGUGUUACCUACCCGUGUGGACUCACAAGAGGUCCUACCACCAGUAAUUACGAAAAUUAUAAUUUUGCGGGUUUGAUUUUUAUUACACGAUGUUAUUCCUUCACCGUGGAAGUCAAUCGUGAACAAUUGUUAAGUACGUAUUUUCAUUAAACAAAUUGGUACUCGCCUGCGGGAUUCGAACACCGUUGCAUCGCUAUAUACGAAUGCACCGGACGUCUCAUCCUUUAGGCCACGACGACUUUUUAAUUAGAUUUAACUUUAGUUUUUGUAUCCGACGCAGUGUUUUAGAUACUAGUAAUUACCCCGCUAACGUUGCUUGAAGAAAAUAUUUUCUAUUUUGUUAUAAGAACAGACGACCUCGCAGCCCACGACGUGAAUAAUACUAGCUAUGGAUAUGGGUAUGAAUAACGGGUACUAUACUCUUCGAAUCGAAAUGCAAUUCUUUCCGCGAAAUCUAUAUAUCUAUCUAUAUAUAUAAACAUUAAUUGCUGUUCGUUAGUUUUUUUUAUUUUAUUUUUUUAUUGCUUACAUGGGUCGACGAGCUCACAGCCCACCUGGUGCUAAGUGGUUACUGGAGCUCAUAAACAUCCACAACGUAAAUGCGCCACCCACCUUGAGAUAUAAGUUCUAAGGUCUCAAGUAUAGUUACAACGGCUGCCCCACCCUUCAAACCGAAACGCAUUACUGCUUCACGGUAGAAAUAGGCAGGGUGGUGGUACCCACCCGCACGGACUCACAAGAGGUCCUACCACCAGUAAAAAACUCAAGAACGGCUGGACCGAUUUGGCUAAUUUUGGUCUUGAAUUAUUUAUGGAAGUCCAGAAGAGGUUUAAAAGGUAGAUAAAUAUGAAAAUACUCGGAAUUAAAUAAAAAAUUUACAAUUUUGUUUUCCCUUUGACGUGUCCCGCGUUGGACGGAUUCCUUUUGUUUGUUUUAAGUUUAUUUUAUACAAAAAUUAAGGUCUUUUAUUUAUCGAAUGUGGCACUACGAAGUCUGCCGGGCUAAAUAAAAAUGUUAAUAUUCAACUUGUGCAAAUAUAACAUGUAAAUGUAAUUACUAAAGUAUCUAAAUACUACGAAACCACAUUAAUGCGACGUGCUUUAAGUUCUUAUCGUGAACCAAUCCGGGUCGAGUUCGCAGAUCCACAUUGAAUUAAUAAACGACCUCCUAACUUUGAAGAGAUGGAUCAUAGUGUUUUAGCAGUUGCGGUUUCCUAAUAUGAACGAUAUAUUAAUAGGAAUAGGGUGACCUUUUGAGGCGACAGCGAAGAUUGUUCAACUAUUAUAGCUAUAGGAAAACGGUCUAAGGAAGCGAUAUUAAGUGGUUCUCACUUUGAGAUGCGAUGUCGAGAAUUUAAUCUAUCUAUAUAUAUAAAAAUGAAUUGCUGUUCGUUAGUCUCGCUAAAACUCGAGAGUGGCUGGACCGAUUUGGCUAAUUUUAAUCUUGGAUUAUUUGGGAAGUCCAGAGAAGGUUUAAAAGGUAGAUAAAUAUGAAAAUGCUCGGAAUUAAAUAAAAAUAGCAUUUUUUUUUCCUUUCAUGUGUCCCCCGUCGGACGGAUUCCUUUUUUUUGUUGUAAGUUUAUUUUAUACAAAAGUUUAGGUCUUUUAUUUAUCGAUUGAGGCACUACGAAGUCUGCGGGGUCAGCCAGUUGUAUAAUAAAUUAUAAAGAGUAUGUCUUAGAACAAAACUGUACCAUCCUUUGAAACCGUAUCUGCUUUGCAGCGAUAAAAGGCUUUAUGACAUUUUACUAGCAUAUUAACUUGGGUAUUCGCGAAUCGUCAACAUAAUUAAAAAAAACUUUUACAGUCGAUUCAUUUACGGUCGCUUGUGAAAACGAAAACUGCUAAAACACAAUAAUAAAUCAUUGAAAUAUAUUUUUACUAGCGACCCGCCCGCGCUUCGCUUCGGAAACAUUAAAACACACAUGAAACAAAAAAAAAAAAAAAAAAAAAAAAUUUAAAAAAAGUAGCCUAUGUUCAUCAGGGACAAUGUCGGCUUCUAAUGGAAAAAGAAUUUUUCAAAUCGGUCCAGUAGUUUCGGAGCCUAUUCGAAACAAACAAACAAAUCUUUCCUCUUUAUAAUAUUAGUAUAGAUAUAGAUUUACUUUUACAUUUUUUUAAUUAACAGUGUACGACGCUGUGAGUUACGCCAAACAAAUUCAGUAAAAUUUAUUUCAAACUAUCUACGCCCUUAUCGUAAGAUGCCAACAACGAAUAUGACAAGCAAAACCACAUAUAAAUCUUGUAGAUCACAAAUAGACAAGUACCCUUUUGUUAUUAGACUCGCGAAACUAUUCUGCGCUUUGGCUGUCGCCAAACAGUAUUUGAAACAUGUGCAUUUGUUUCAUUGGAAACUUGUGGUGUUAACUGUACAAACUUUCAAUAAACAUCGCUAAUUUAUAUGUUAAAAUAUCCAAUUUAGUUCACGACUUUGCCAGUUAGUUAUAAGUGCGAGACAUAAUAAUCAAAGGCUGCAAACAUAUUCUUCACAAAGGCGAAACGAGAAUUAACUGCAAGUUUAAAGAAAAUCUAAUGUCACUAAGCUAUUGUUUUAAUCCUACGUAUUGUGUUAUAUACCUAGUCAGGUCAUAAAUUCUGUCACAUGUUUAAUGUAAAAUAAUUGAAACAAGUUUAUUCAUUAUGUAACCAUUCAUAUACCAAAAUGAACUUAACAAAACAUAGAUUCUUAUGACACUAAAGUUUAUUCAAAAUGACCUCCGUGAUUUUGAAUACAGGCCUUCAAUCUGCGCGGCCAGUCGUCUAUCGCAGCACGAACGAGGUCCAUGUCAAUAUCGGCGGCUGCCUUAAUCAAGGAUGUCUUGAGUGACUCCAAAUUGGGAUGAGGCUUUGAGCACACCUUUUCUUCCAAGUGUUGCCAUAUCUUGUAAUCUAACGGAUUCAAAUCUGAACUGAAGGAGGGCCAGUCUUCGUGCCGGAUGAAGUCGAUUUCACGCGCCGCCAGCCAGUCUUGUGUGCUCUUCGCUCUAUGAGCUGGCGCCGAAUCUUGUUGGAAUACCCAGUGCCUGUUAUUGAACAUGGUAUGAGAAACAGGUUCCACAAGGUUCGUCAGGACUGUAUUUUGAUACACAACUGCAUUCGUUUUUACACCUUUCUCACAAAAAUGUACCUCUGUUAAGCCCCAAUAAGAAACUCCCAACCAUACCAUGAGCGAGGAUGGAAAAUGACCUCGUUGGACACGCGGAAUACGGUUGCUCGCUUCUUCACUACUGUGUGCGUACACCUUAUCAUUUUGUUUGUUGUAGCUCUCUUCUACGGUAAAAAUUUUUUCAUCCGAAAAAAGAAUUUCCCGAUAUUUUUUUCCCGCGUACCGCUUCAACAAAGCACGGCAUCUCUUCAGUCUCAGGUCCAUUAGACGAACAUUCAAACGAUGUCCUGUUUUUCUUCGAUAUGCCCGAAGCCCUAAGUCUUCAUUUAACACCCUUUUCACCGUGGUUCUGCUUAACCCCAUCUGCAGGGCCAACAGUUUCUGCUUACGUUUGGGAUUUCUUUGAAUUCGCGCCUUCACAGCUUUUAUCACUGCUGGAGUCCUAACAGACCGAGGGCGACCACUUCUUGACCUGUCAUCUACACUAGAGUCUUCAUUGUAUCGUUUGAUGGUACGAUAAACGAAUCUUUUGGUUAUAUUCAAAUUUUUCAGUAUGUUAAAAAUUUGAAUUGGCGCGUAACCGCAACGAUGCAACGCAAUAACUGCAACACGGUCUUCUUUAAGCGUCCACUCCAUAUUUAAAAAUUAGUAAAAUUCUAAAAGUUAUACAUUUUUAUUUUCAUGAACAAUUCGAAAUUCGAAUUCAAUAAACUUUUUUGUGGCCAGCAUUCUAAAAGAAAAGUUUUUACUGUGUGACAAUACUUAUGACCUGACUAGUUAUAUGUAUUAAUAGGGGAAGCAAAAACUUUGUUUCCCUUUUUACGAAAAUUUCGCGGACGGAGGAGUAUGAAAUUUUCCACACUUAUAGAGAAUAUAGAGAAGAAGUGCACAAUGCUAAUAUUUUUUUUAAAUAAUGCAUAAAAGAUACAUUAAAUCAAUAAAGAAAACAUUACACACACUACCAUGUAUUUGACACAACACAUACAUAAAAAUAUACUCUUGGUUUACUGUCAAUUGGAAAACUUUUGUUAUUAUUUAAAGUCUGUGGUCGAAUUGAAAAUAGAUUAAUAUUGUCUGUCUUUAAUAUUAUUGAUCUAUAGUGCAGUUUUGCGAAUACUGUGAUUAUAUUAUCGAAUUAUCGGUGUUUGACAAUAGAACCAUAAUAAUGUUUAAACUUAUAAUUUAAUUUAAUUAUAGUCGAAUUUUGACUACUGCGCGACCUCUAGUUAAUUUAAAAGUGUGUGAUUGUGUUUGUUAAUCUUUCACGAAAAACUACAGGACGGAUUCUAUUUAUACUUUACAAUGUAAUUGAUGAUACACCAUAUUAGCAUAGCUAGAAUGUAGUACGAUUAUCAUACGAUAUAUAGCUUCAAGCCAAUAGUCAAUGGAUCGUCUUGUGAGUCCUCACGGGUAGGUGCCACUACCCUGCCUAUUUCUGCCGUGAAGCAGUAAUGCGUUUCGGUUUGAAGGACACGGCAGCCGUUGUACUUUAAAAACUAACACCUUAGAAGUCAUGUCUCAAGGUGGUUGGCGGGAUUUACAUUGUUGAUGUCUAUGGGCUCCGGUAACCACUUAACACAAGUUGACUUGUGAGUCACUCUAAGCAAUAAAAAAAGUCACAGCGGAGCACGAUUGGGUCAUAUGUAAGUUCAUAUUUUGUAAACCUCCAACAUAGCCCGUAAUUGGAUACAUUGCGCUAGUUUGAUGUUCAUUGCGUAGUAACAUAGGACAGGUGUUUGACUGUGGACAUCAGAGAUCAUUUCUGUCAAUUCAUGAGAUUCGGAAGCCGUUUUUGUUAAACCUUCAAAAGCACAAUGUCCCCAAAAAUUUUAAUUUUAUUUCUAGUUUGCUAUCUUGAUACUGGUCGAGUGUUGCCUAUGAUGGUUCAAGGUAUUGUCAUGAUUGUGAAGUUUCUUUAAAAUGUAAGUGCAUAAUAACAAUAAGUUUUUUGUAAUAAUUGCGAACGAAUAUCUUAAAAAGAUAUUUAAUUUAGUUUUAACUAAGAUUUUUGCCAUUGUUAAAUUAGUUUAUUCGAAUAAAUUAUAUUAAAACA